ACUGAAGCGUCGCUGCUUUGCUGGCGAGCUGUGCUGUGUCGCUGGCGAGAUGUGAAUCAGGACACUCGGCUCGCACUGUUUCUGGCAAGGCUGGGGAGAGCGUUGGAGAUGACUGCAGUGGAGAAGGUGGAGGAGCAGCUGGCGGGUCUGCGCAUCGCCAGGCGCUGUGUCCCCAGCGAGGAGCCCGCCUACCUGCUGGACAUUGCCACCUCCACCCCUGCCCACCCCGCCAGCAGCCGCUUGGUGGCCGUUUCCUGUUCCAAUAAAUCAGUCAGGGUGUACAACAGGGACACACUGCACCUCCUGCGGGAGUACAGCGGCCACCCCGGCACCCUGAGCGGGGUCAGGUUUGCACACGCGUGUGACAGCGUGCUGUUCUCAGCCUGCAGCGAGGGCGCGGUGAAGUGCUGGGAUGUUCGCUCGGCCACGCAGAAGCCUGUGCAGGUGUUCAGUGGCUAUCCUUCCAAYGUCUUCAUCAGCUUUGAUGUCAGCUGUAGUGACCUCAUCGUUUGUGCYGGAACAGAAAAAGCUGAAAAGGACACGUUUCUGGUGUUUUGGGAUGCAAGAGGCAUUACAGACUGUGCCAGCACCRCUAAAGAACCCCUGGGAGUCUAUUCUGAAAGUCACAAUGAUGACAUCACUAAAAUCUGUUUUCAUCCUAUCGAACCCAAUUUGGUAGUGUCUGGGUCAACCGAUGGCUUGGUGAAYGUGUUUGACAUCAACAAGGAUAAUGAGGAUGAUGCUUUGGUAUCRACUUGCAAUUCAGAUUCAUCAGUGAGCUCUCUUGGCUGGUCUGGGAAAGAUUACAAACAGGUCUAUUGUGUGACACACGAUGAGGGGUUCUGCUGGUGGGACAUGGCUCAGCUGGACACCGAAGAACCAAUAACACUGCUGCAUGUUCUGGAUGCCAGAGAGUCAGUCUGUGCUGAAAACCACGGCCUGCAUUACCUGGUGGGGGGCUUGUACCACGAAAAGGCAGGGAAACUCUUCCUGAUUGGGGGAACCUCCACAGGAAACAUCCACCUGAUCAGCUGUGGCACCGAUGGCCUGAGCCUGGUGGGGACCCUGAGUGAGGGACACUCAGCCACCGUCCGCUCCUUCUGCUGGAGCCCGACAGAUGAGUCUCUGCUGACGGGUGGAGAGGAUGCUCAGCUGUUGCUAUGGAAACCUGGAGCUGUGGAAAGGUCCCUCACAAAGAAAGCAUCUCUGAAGAUCUCUUCUUCCGUGCAGAAGAGAGUAAGAGUUCACAACACCUCCCUCAAAAGCAGGAAAAAGUGAAAUGCCUAAAGUGGGAAUCUCUGCUGUGUAGAGUUUUCCUGGUGUUUAAUCUCUCAGGCAGUACUUGGCCGUGUUUUAUUUGGAGGUAUUCUGUGGAAAGAACUGUGGUGCUUGAAUUCCCCCUGGGAAUGUAUUUCAGUCAUCAGAAGAAUGCCUUUUAUUUUUUUUAAAGUUGCUAAUAUUAAUCAGAAAAGAGUAAACAUUUGCUCCUGAGUUCUCGAACAACAGAUGUGAAAUCAUAUUAUAUAAAGCUGUUUCUGUGGUUAUUUAAUGUCUCAGACAAUGUUUUAAAUAUGCAAUACAGGCCUGUGGCUUGCAUAGUUUGUUACCUUCCCAAUGAUAUUCUCUGGCACAUUUUAAAAGCUUUUGUAUUCCACGCUGUAUUUUGUUUUCUUUACAGAAAACUUAAUGAAAUUKCUCAAUUUAGUAAAAGAUUUUAUGUCACAUCUUAAUGCCUGAAGGAAUUACUUCUUGAUGAAACAGAAAAUAAGUGGUUUUGCACUGUCACAUCACUGGUUUAGAACAAGCUCAUAAAGAAGCAGCUGAUAGAGCCAUAUUUUUCAUAGCAGAUAUGAAUGUAUUCAACCAAACAGCAGCUAAUUUGUAUGAAUAUGAGAACUGUUAAACUGGCAUUAUUUCCUGCAUGAAAAUACCCCAGAAUUUUGCAAGCUGCUUCAUUCUGUCCUACUAAGUGCACCUGGAAGACUGGGGAGAUCUUUGGUGGGUUGGAGGAAUUGAUGGGUGUAAUUACAGCAGUGGUGCUCAAAAUCCCAAACCCUGGCUUGAAAGAAAGUGGUAUCACGUGCCAAGUGGGGAUGCUAAAACCCAAAAAUGAACACUGCCUUCAGGAACUGUGGARAAACAGACUGAUGUGAGGAGACUUUAACAAGACCUUUUAGAGGUUGGCCUGUGUCUUUUAAGAAAYGUUUCUCUCUGCAGAGGUGUUUUGUGCUUGGACAUCUCCCCAGGAGAGCUUUGUUUUAUUAUGCCACCAAAUACCCAUUGAGCAGUGCAAAAAACAGCCCUGUAUCUGUGUGAUGGGUGAGACUUUCUGCUUAUUCUGCUUUGCUGGCAGACUCCAACCUGUGCUCCUGGUUCUACACACRCUCAYCUCCAGCCUUCCCAGGACAACUGCRGCCAAGGAGUGUUGGUAUUUAGGGUGUUGUUACACAUGCACUAAACUGAAACCAGCACCAGAGUAUUUAAGAAUUGUUCUUUUAUAAAUUAGCUGGCAAAAGAUUUUAGAGAGGUUGGGUUAUUUUUUUUCCCAUGAAGGUGGAUAGGUAAUUCUUUCAGAACAAGUUCUGAACAUCASGUUUAGAGGAUUAUCCUGGAGUUUAGAAACAGUUUCUGAAGUACAGAAGAUACUCUAGUGUAUGGUUACAGCUGUGCUGAAGAUGCUGUAAUCAUCUCUGGAAUUGAAUCCUUUCCAACCACAAGUAUUGAGUUUCCAGAGGAUGUUUCUCAAAUUGUUAAUACCCUUUAGCCACAACUGUGAAUCCAUUGUUGGUUUGGGUUUGCCUGUUGAUGAUAAGUAAGAUGAUUCACUUGGUUUUGUUACUUGUUAUUUAAAAGUGCAGCUUCUAUUUAAAAAUCACAGUUCUCUUCCCUUUUUUUUUUUUUUUUGCUACUUGUGUUAAAUUCAUGUUGCCCCCAACAUCCUUAUUUGUUGCUUUCCAAAUCACAUUGUGCUAUUUUGAGAUGAGGUGGGCAGUGAGUGUCAGGGCUACGAUGCACCUGGAUCAUGUGCUCUCCAAAUUUAUUCUCCCAGGUCCCUGUUUUUGCCUAUUGUAUAACUGAGUGGAUCAAGAGCUUCAGACCCCUCCAAAUUCACAGUAAAACCCUCUUGGGCCUGACUUGGUUCAGUGCCAAAUGGGGUUGGGGGACUGAGGGGUGAUUCUGAGACCUGUGUCAUUGCAGGUACGGUAUGUAAGUCCCUUUUUAGGUGUUUAUCCAUUCUUUUCCUGGUAUCUUGACACAUUCAGUGGAGUAAAGUCAUUGRGUCUGUGUCACGUUUGAUUUCUUGAAGACAGGUUUGUGUGCACGUAGAGAAAUGCACAGAGAGGGAGCUUGUGGUUGCCUCCACUUGCUUUCAAGUGUCUGCUGAGUGAAAUUCCAGCGUGCUCUGCCAGCUGCCUCUGAAUUAAAGCAGCAGAGGUGGGAGUUCUGGGACUGAACAGUUUGCAGUAUGCAACCUGUGUCUGUUAUCUUGUUGCUGAGUUAGAUGGGUAUCGAUUUGUUCUGUAUCAGUCACAGUUGGAGCCAYGAUUUUCUCUGAGAAGCUGAUUUCUCCCUUUUACGUGCAUAACAGAAAUAGCAGCGGAAGGGGAAAAAUGUGUGUCUGUAUCUUAAAAUUCYGCAAAGGCACAGCAGCUGUCACGAGACUCAGGCUUGUGUUGCCUCUGAAAAUACUCAAUUUUGUUGUUUCUCUUUUUCUUUUGUAUUGACUUAAUUCCGGGUUAAUACCCAUAAAAUAAACAUAGAUGGAAACCACAUGUGAACAAGUAAUUAGCACUGCUUGCUUCUGUAAGCUGCAAACACUAUUUCAUAGACCACAGAACACAGGCAGAAUCCAUGUGUGAUCACAUAAAUAACAAUAGACUGGAAAUCAGGUUAACUUGUCUGACUGUAUUUAAUCUCUUAGGUUAAUUU